AUGUACGCUUCUAGAGGUCUCGCCCUGUCUCUAGCCUCACUCUUUGCCGGUAGAGUUGCUCACGCGCAAUAUUCUCCAUACACCUUGGACAUUACUUAUGACUCAACCAACUUCUUUUCUCAGUUCGACUUCUUCACCGACUCGGAUCCGACGCAUGGGUUCGUCGAAUACGUUGAUGCUCAAACUGCAAACUCUUUAGGCCUGGCCGGGAUUACUGCUGGAGCCGUCUUCAUGGGUGUCGAUGACGCUACAAAAAACCCACCAAAAGGCCGCAAGUCGGUUCGAGUAACCUCGCAUCAAUCCUUCACUCACGGUCUUUUCAUUGCCGAUAUUGCUCAUAUGCCGGGCAGCAUCUGUGGAGCCUGGCCUGCUAUGUGGAUGGUUGGCCCUAAUUGGCCGUUCUCGGGGGAAAUCGACAUCAUCGAGGGUGUAAAUACCCAGACGACCAACUCUAUUACCCUUCAUACAGGCCCCGGCCUCACGGUUAGCAACACUGGAUCUAACCCGUCUACUCAACUGCUCAACAGCGACUGCGGCCCCAAUAGCAGCAACUCGGGAUGUGGCCAAUCAACCGCGGACAAUCAGAACUACGGCGAUGGUUUCAAUGCUAUUCGAGGAGGAGUCUACGCUACUGAGUGGACAUCUGACCACAUUGCCGUUUGGUUCUUCCCUCGAACCAAUAUUCCCAUCGACAUAAGCAUUGGUAUGCCCAACCCGGACGGCUGGGGUCUUCCCUUGGCCAAGUUUACUGGCGCCAACGGCUGCAGCCUUGAUGAUUACUUCAAGAACAACCAGAUCAUCUUCGACACUACCUUUUGUGGCGAUUGGGCCGGCCAGGCUUGGGCAUCGAACAGCGAGUGCUCCGCCUUGGCUAACUCGUGCGAGAACUACGUUUCUAACAAUCCUUCAGCCUUUACUGAGGCUUUUUGGCUUGUAAACUCUCUCAGCGUAUACAACCAGGCUCCCAAUGUUACAACAGGAGUAAAUGCUUCGCUGCAGACUUCUCUCAAGAGAUUUACGGCCUAA